GCUCAUGUCACAUCGUGUACUGAAGCGGGUUCAGGUCCAGGUCCAGGUCCAGGUCCAGGUGCGGGUGUAAACCCUGUCUGUCUGUGUGGUUCACUGUCGAGAUGUCGUCGGCCGAACAUGACGGAACCUUGAGCCAGCUCAAUAAGUUUGAGAAACUAUCGUGGAGGCCCUCCAUUCGCGAAUCAGGCUCCAAGAAGCGGGCACGGUGGCUUCAGGCUCGGCGCAUCUUCUCCCCUUCCUGCCCCAACCUGCGGAUCCCCAACAGGUUUCUGAGAGAAGGACACUGUGUACCCCCCGCUCGGAGCGGACACCGCUGUGUUGCAGACAGCACCAACCUGUAUGUGUUUGGAGGCUACAACCCAGACUUUGAGGAGGCAGGCGGGUCAGAGAAUGAAGACUACCCUCUUUUCAGGGAGCUUUGGCGGUUUCAUUUUGCCACAGCCACCUGGCAGCAGGUCCGCACGGAGGGUUACAUGCCCACAGAGCUGGCCUCUAUGUCAGCUGUUUUACACGGCAACAACUUGCUUGUAUUUGGUGGCACAGGGAUUCCAUUUGGUGAGAACAACGGCAAUGACGUCCAUGUUUGCAAUGUACAGUACAAACGAUGGAACCUGCUCAACUGCAGAGGGAAGAAACCCAACAAGAUCUACGGACAGGCGAUGGUCAUCAUAAAUGGAUACCUCUAUGUGUUUGGCGGGACAACAGGCUACCUUUACAGCACUGACCUGCACCGGCUAGACCUGACCACCAGAGAGUGGACCCACCUCAAACCCAACAACGCCCCAUCAGACCUACCUGAGGAGAGGUACAGACAUGAACUAGCCCACGAUGGACAGAGAAUAUACAUUUUAGGAGGUGGGACGUCCUGGACGUCAUAUACUCUGGAAAAGAUUCACGCAUAUAACUUGGAGACAAAUUACUGGGAGGAAAUAGUCACCAAACCCCAUGAAAAAAUAGGAUAUCCUGCUGCCCGCCGUUGUCACAGCUGUGUGCAGGUCAAAGAUGAGGUGUUUAUAUGUGGGGGUUAUAAUGGAGAGCUGAUCCUAUCUGACCUGUGGAAGAUCAACCUGCAGACUUUUCAAUGGACCAAGCUGCCUGCCGCCAUGCCAGAACCAGCAUACUUUCACUCUGCUGCAGUCACUCCAGCUGGCUGCAUGUACCUCCAUGGCGGUGUCGUCAAUAUGUCUGGGAACAAAAGGACUGGCUCUUUGUACAAAGUGUGGUUAGCAGUGCCCAGCCUGCUGGAACUGACCUGGGAGAAACUGCUGAAAACUUUCCCUCACUUAGCUCAGCUGUCCACCCUUCAGCUGCUCAGCAUGGGACUGACACAUGCACUAAUUCAGCGGCUCAAAUAGACAGAGUGAAGGACGUGGUAUGUGAUGGAACAGCACUGACUAAAAUAUAACUGAUGACUCAGCAAAAAAGUUCUUAAAGGACAAAGAAAGUCGGAUGAUUAAACAAAAACUUUGAAUGCCUUUUAACUUUAGUUUUAUGUAAAUGUACGUGUUUUUUUGUUUUUUUUUAAAUACAAAGUGCAAUGUUUAGUAUUUCUUUUGUAUGUGUCAGAUUUGAGUUGGCAUGCGUCCAUCAGAAGCCAUGCAUCAGCUCUACUGAACAGAAUCACUUUCUUGUGCUUUGCACUUGAAGUUCUGGGUUCACUAUGUCAUGCAUUUCCCUGUUGUUGUUGGUUUUUUCACACAUCACUGUCACAGAAACUGGUAGAGCAGGAAUGGUUAAAUGUUCCAAAGAUCACUUAUUUUAAGUCAAAAUGAAUUUUGCUUUUGUUGUCAUUUUAGAUUCAAUUCCGAGAUCAGUUUGUUUCACUGUAGCUAAAAUUCGUUGCACACUGUUUUUAGUCUUUGCCAUAUGUUCAGUCCCCACUCUGACAUAGGUUAGAUAAGAAAUGACUGCCAAACCAUGGCAAUAUAAACUUAAAUUUCCAUUUAGUUGGUUACAAAUCAGCCAGAUGAUCUGAAAAGAUACUGCUGGUACAUCAUAGACAUGUGAAACUGGGAUACCUAAAAGUCUAAUUAGGUUAAUUAUUUAAAGCAUCAUGUUUUAGCCUCAAGGGCUUUCUGAUUGCAUGCUGAUAUUGAGCUUUUAUCGUAACUCUACAGGUCAAAUUCCCCUCACUGGUCACUUUCGGCCUCACGAUCAGAUGAAAACACAAAAGCCUUAUUAAAACAUCUGUGACAUGGCAUCACUGUGAAUCUUCUAGUGCCUCUUCGGUUAUUCUUCCUUUUUCUUUUAAUACAUUAGAAAUUAUUUUAUUAACCUGCAGCUCUAGAUUCUCAAGCUUUUUCGUUUCUACAUUUGGUGCCUUCUGAAUUUCCGGUACGUCCCACACAUUGUUUUUACGUCUCUGCUCUGUGUAAGACUUUUGAUUUUGUUUAUUUCUCUGAGCUGUGCACACGCAACCUUUUCCCCAUGUGAUUCGUUUGGUGUUCUCCACAUGAGCCUUUUUGUUGCUAAAAUAAUCAGGAGAUGUCACUUGCAGCUAAAGAUUUUUCAUGAACUCUUUUUACCUAUUUAGUUGUACCACUGUGCUGCUGUUUGAUUUUAUGACACAACUUAUUUUUCAUUGUAGCAAAACGUGCAGCUACAUUGUUUGACACUUAAAUAAGUCAUUGGUCAUUUCAGUUCCCAAUGUAUGCCUAAAGUCCAUUUGAACCUUUUUCUACGGCAUAAGGCUAUGUUUUUUUAAAAACUUGUCUUGUUUUUCCAGAGAAUACUGUGCUGUGGUAUGGUAUAAAGGGGCAUGAGACUUUUUUCAAACUGGUAAUAAGGUAUGUAAGGUGUACUCAGGAUGUGAAAUACUGUGAUCAGACUGUCUGUAGAGCAUCACCAUUGCCAAAAUGUUAACAGGCUGUCAUGUUUGGGACAGAAAUAUGUACGGCCAAUGACUCAUGAAAACUAAUCUUUUGUGGCUGCUGUGGACUGUAACUCUUAAAUACUUUAACAUUUCAGCUGAUUGUAUUAAGUCACACUUUUGCCUCUUUUUUUCACCUGUACCUUAAAUAUGUUCUCUCAUGUUCAUUUUAAUUGUUGGUAUAAUACUAAGCUAACUCAUCU